UGACUGUUAUGAGUUCUAAUGAUGAGAAGGGCAAGCAAAGUGGAUUGUCCAUGGAUAGGGCGGCCUUCUUGCUGCUCAGGGUCAAAAAGGCGUUCAAGAAGAAAAAGAGCUCUAGAAAGGACAAAAGUCCGGUGGCAGCCGCGACGGCCGCCGCCAUCGCCAGCAGUGCCGGAAUCGCCACCGUUGAUGCCGAACCGUCGAAGGGCAAGCCGCCGCUGCUGCGCUCGAGAACACUGCCCGCCAUCAUAGUGCCUGGCAUCAACAUUUUGCAGGCUCAGAUUGAGGCACGCUAUGGCAAAGGGACCGUCGAAACAGGCGGCUCGUCGACUCCCCCGCAAGCGAAAAGCAGCAAAGUGACCGCCUCGAUUCUGAGGCUGCAGCCGCCCAAGAUUUCUUUUACCGACGAUGAAAACGUGUCCACCGAGUGGUGCAACAAACCUCGGCUCUCGUCGCCGGAGCCGACGGUGCCGAGCUCACUGCGGCUGGCGGUGCCCCAGUCACGAUUCUUUCUGACGACACCGUCGCCCUCCGGAGGGGCGCCGCAGCCCACCGCCCUAUAUCGACUCACGCGGCUGCUGAACCAGAGGGGCAGCGCCUCCAACGCCAGCGAUUUCAGAAACAACAACAACCACCUCAGUGCCGCAGACGAGAAGCCGAGACGACUCAGCUGGGAGAGGCGUGAUGUGAGUUUGAUGUCAUGCGGCCGUCUGCAGCGUUCCUCGUCCAUCGACAGCGUGGUGGAGGCGGCAUGGGGCGGCGACGCGUCGCCGUCCGGCCAGCUGUCACCGUCGGCGUCGCCGUGCAGCAGCCACAGCGGUCCCGCCACCACCAGGCAGCGGGCACCAUCGCCGCUGAUGAUGGCACCUCCGAGGCUCUUGCUGCUUUCGCCAUCUGUGGGUCGGAGAACCAAGUUCGACGCUCUCGGAACAGAACGGCCGCGCACCGGCAUGGAACUGCUGGUGGACGGACUGGCCCUGUCCAAGGCGGGCAAGAAGCGUCUGGACAAACUCAACCGCAUCAACAUCCACCUCCACGCUCUGUACGGUGCCAUUGAGAACGGCCAAGUGGAUAAGGCGAGAACAAUACUCGAGUCGACAGACAUAGAUGUCAACAACAUCAGCAAUGAUGGACUGUCGCCGCUGGACGUGGCCGUCCUCUACAACAGCAGGCCAAUGACCAAAAUGCUCAUGGCCUUCGGAGCUCAAGAAGGGGGUUUGUAUGAGAGUAGUGAGAAGUUGGGCGAACACUUGGAAAAGUUGGUCAAGGAAGCUGAGGCACGUCUGCAGGAAAUGGCUGCAAUGCCGGUCAACGACGCAGGAAAUGAGAUGCAGAGUCUGGGCGGCGGAGUCAGCACGGGUGCUGAAAAGCAGCGAGCGAUGUGGGAGCGUAGGGUGCGAAGCCUCAAGAAGAUGCUUCUGGGAUUUGAGCAAUCACGGCCUCCGGAUGAACCUUCCAUGGUUGCGCUUGACGUGACGGGGACCACUUCAGUCAAUGUGAGAUUCCAGGAGCCUGACUUUCAGGACGUAGGAAUUUGCUCCAAAUACAAAUUGCAAUGGAGUACCACACCAGAUUUCAGCCUGCUGGCAGGCGAGAAAAUCAUUAAAGACGCGAGAGCAGUUGAGGAGCAGGUUGUCGACCUACUGCAGGGACGGCGUUACUACUUCAGGGUAUUAUGUGGCAACAUUUUCGGCUACGGCCCGCCGAGAAACUCGGUGCCACUGUCAGUGAUUCCAUCCAGCUGGAGAGAUAUGGAGCUCCGGAAGCCAAGGUACACAGGGAGGGUGCAUGCUUUGGACGAUUUGUUUGUCCAAACCAAAGCAGCUCGCCCAGAGAACGCCUCUGAGUUAAGGGCCAUCGAGAAUUCUCCUGGAGAAACUCCAAUUCCGCAACGGAAGAACCAAAGGAAAUCUAAGACCAUCAAGCAACUGUUCACUGCUGCUUCAAAAUUUCAAAAGAAUCUAAAAAGAGGUGUCUAUUUGGCAUGUUUGCUUUACUUUGAAGACAGGGUUCUGGUCACCAAUGAGGACUUUUUGCCCGUUAUUGAAGUGGACGAAGCCUAUCCUAGUUGCAUCCACCCUGACUUCCACUGGUUAAUGAAGGUUGCAUGCACGUGGGAUGAUGUGAAAUCGCUCAAACAAGACAUGGAGAAAAGUCUGAGCUCAUCAGCCGUCCAUUUCCGAGUGAAGCUUUUGCAGGCUGCUAGUCAAAUGCAGACGGCUUUAAGUAUCCAAGAUCUAGGCCAUCUACAUCCAAAGCCUUUGAGGGACUCGGACGGAACCCUCGUUCUCUGCACAGUUGCCAAUGUGAGGUCUCCCAAGAGCGUGUCGGUGCUGAACGCAAGGUGGCUAUCGCUGAGCAAGAUUCAACGGCGGCUCCCUUCUGUUCAAACCACUCCUGAAGACCCUCCUACAGCCAGUGACACAUUAAUGACCUCAAUACCCGAAAUAAUCCAGUACAACCAGUUGAGCAGCACAAAACUCGCAAGGGGCCUCUACAUGGGCUACUUGAAGUUGAGGAGUUCAGUUGACCUGAUUCAAAUUUUGGUUUCCAAUCGGGCACCAAAUGUCCUGCCACAUUGCAAAGUUCGGGACAACCCUCACGUUUGUUCUGAGGAAUGGGAGUGGCUUAAGAGCUUAAGCGCCAGACAUAAAAAAGACAAAGAGAACAACGAAGAUUCCGAAGAGGGAAAGACUGAGUUGAACAAUAAAAUUGAGGAUGACGAGCCUUCAGACCAACAGAAGGCGUUUAUAAGGCUAGUAGCUGCCACAUCAAAACGCCUCCUCAACUACAUGGAAGUUUCUCCAGAUGAUGCUUUCAAUCACAGGUUAUACGAAGCAGAAGUGGUGGAGGUGUCUCCUGAGGUCUCAUUUAUUGUGAUGGUUCCUCCUGCGGAAGCGGUGUGCGCCGUACCUGGCACCAAGGACAAGGAGGACCCUCUAUUGCGAAGGGAAGACCUGCUCCUAUUACCAGUGCAGGCGUUUGAAAUGGCCCACUUGAGUACCUACCAAAGAGACCUCAUGAACCGAUAUGCCCGGCUCAGCUCUAUUCUUGAAACUGAUUUUACCCUGGCUCAACACACUCACAGAGAGGCAUUUUCCACGGCUGAGAUUACAGCUGCAAAAGAAAGGCUGAACAAGCUGCAGGAGCUUCAGACGAGAGUGAAUGCGACGUGGAAAGGCGCCAGGUGGAUCAUGGACCUGCUGACCUUUGCCAGGGACCGAAAUAAUCAGGGCGGCGUGCCACUGAAGGCGCUGCUGCCUGCAAUGCUCAAUUCUCCAAACACGACCAGCCCAAGAGUGUCUCAGCAGAGUCUGCAGCCACCAAACCACCCUUCUGGAAGCAGAGGCUCGUGGCCACCCCCACCUGUCCUGCUUGCGCCACGAGGGGGUGAGCACAUGAGCAAAAGCGAGCAGCACCUUCACCACAGCAACCUGGAUGACAACCAUCACCAUCAUCAUCGGACCUCGACCUCAAGUCCCCCCGGCACGAACGGGGCGUCGAAGCUCUUUCCGCCACCCUCAAUCUCUCCCAGUUCCUGCUCGGUGAGCUCCGGGGGUUCGCCUGGCCGGCUGCCUCCGUCCAGGUCGGACGACCAGCUGCACAAGGGCCGCCGCAAGUCGAGCGUGCCCUCGUCGAUGGCCAAGCUGCGGUCCAGUGGCCACAGCCAGAGCGACUCGACGCUGCCCCAGCCGGGCUCGACGCAGCAGCGCCGCACCUCGUCCUCGACCUCCUCCGUGUCCUCUGGCUCGGGAAUGCUGACCAACAGCACGCCCAGGUCGUCUAUCCCGCCACCGCCAGGUCCAGCCACCACUUCUGUCACCUCACUGCAAUCCUCCUCGGCCGAGGAGGACGCCAAGUCUGAGCAUGAAUUGGAGUCUGAAGCGGAAAUGCCGCAGCCGAUUCCCAAUGCUGCGAUUCUUCAGGUGUUUACGGCGUACGAGACAGGAUUGGCCAGUGGCACCAGCCUCAAACUGCACGUGACGGCGCGCACAUCUGCCCGCGAGGUGGUCGACCUGGUGGUGCGCCAGCUCAACAUGGCGGUGGUGCUUAAGGGCCGCUCAGGGCCCGUCUACGGCAGCGAGCAGCUCAAGUCCUUUUGCCUGGUGGCGGUGAUUGGGGCGCGCGAACGGUGCCUCCGAGAUGACUUCCGGCCCCUCGCCCUACAGAAUCCCUGGAGGAAGGGCCGGCUGUACGUGCGCAUGAAGCACGAUGUGCUCGCCGCCAUCGAACAGAGCUCCAGACACUCGGCGUACCUUUGAACGAGUGUGUUGUGCGCACUUGUAAUUUCUGCUUUAUUAAGCCAAGAGGUAGGGCAGAUUGUGUCCCAUUUUCAAACGAUCGAGAAAAUUUUACACUUGUACCAAUUUGCUUCCAUUCACUUUUAUGCAAUUUUUUUAAUUCUUCUUGACCAAAUUUUAUUUAUUUUAUAUUACAUUUCGACUGUUAGCGAGGAGACUGUUAAAAUUCAAAUUGACUUUUUCAAACGAGCUGCAUUUAAGAGUCGUCCUCAAUGAGUUUCAAAGACAAAUAAAAAUUAUUUAAUUAUUUAUUGGUUCCUACACAACGUUUCCUUUUAGCCUUUGUUUGCCAUAUUUCUCAUUUUCCCCGUGUUCUGCUGCCCUAAACCUUCAACGACAUAUUAGAAAACGAUAUAAGUUAUUGAAAAGAUGUGCAAAAUAUUUAUUUUUAUAGCUUGCAGUUGCGAAAGAUGAUAUUGUUCUAUUUAUGAAAGAAAGUCGCUCUACUGUCGUUAACAGAGAUAUUGCCAAAUAAUUUAAUGCGCGUGCGCGAGCGCGAGAGAGAAAUAUAUAUGCUAACUAAUUUAAAGAUCUGUGAGUGAUUUUUGAAGUCUACAAGAUGAAAAGCUGCUGUUUGCCACAACUAAGAUAUUAAAAAAAUCAAAAUUAAGCAUAGCAGAGCAAACUACCUAUAUGGCAUUGUUAAUACUCUCUUUGUGCUAGAACAACUAGAAGGCCUACUUUCCGCUAUGGAUAUAACAUUUCAAACUGUCUAACUAGAUGUUGCAGUGUUAUUUCUGUUGGCCCAAAACUCAAAAACCCGAUUAAUCAUGCAAUGUGCCACACGCAAUGUGUGCGUGUGUUUGUUUGCUGUUGCUGCCAAAAGACCCGGAAUCAUCACCAGCAUCGCUGUGCCGUUGUUCUUUGAAGGGAGCUCCGACUUGUUUCUGACACUCCUGAGCCUAACCAAUAGUUUACCACAGUUGGAAACGCGUAAGACCUCCCUUUGUCGUAAACACGCGCAGCGUGUGAAUUAAUUGUUAGUGCGCAGGUCGGCCGACAGUAAAAAGAAAGGAAAUAAUUAUAUUUCGUGUGGGCUGACGAGGGAAGUUAUCACUGUGUUUCACAAACUGUGCGCGUUUCCACGCGGACAGUGACUGGAUUUUGCGAGUAAAAAACAAAGCCUGCGUGUAAUAAUAUCGUAAGCUUCGAAGGAGAGAAUGGGAUUGAUUUGUUGUUCCUACUUUUGACUUGUGUAAAUAACAAUAUAAUGAUAUCAAAUGUUAUGUAUUUGAAACUGAACGGACAUCUCAUUAGAGUGUAAGUUAUCGACGAAAAAGAGCUGCAAACGGAGUUUUAAAGAGAAAAGUUGGGAGUAAAUUAUUUUUUAAGAGCCCCUGAAUGAGCUUAUUUUUAGAGCCAAACCAGCGAUUUGAUUUUUCGAAAAAGGUAAAGCAAACACCAAGUUUAAAACUAAGUUACUUUUGAAAGACAGAAACAAGGUAUUGUACUCAUCCCCAUGUUCAAUGUGAUGUUGCAACAAAAGUGACAAAAAGUUCUGUGUAUUAUUGUGUAUUAAUGUUGAAAGUAUCGGAAUAAAAAAAUGAAUUGAUUUCAAGAGA